AUGCAAGUGUUGCGAGGGUUGGUAGCGAUUAUGCCACUGGCAUAUUCUGUGAACGCCAGUCCAGCUGGAGUAGUAAAUGUGGGACAGAAUCUAGGAGUUGAAGCAGUGCAAUCACAUGUAGCUGAUAGGCAAGAAACCACUUUACCAAAUGGACCUGUGAUAACAUCCGAUGGAAAUUCUGCACAGUUGAUUACUACACCUAGUGACGGGACAGUCGUUACGAUGGGGAAUACAGAAGGCCCUAAACCAGUUCCUAUCAGCGAUACUGGUUUGGAAAGUGUCGCUGCACAUCUCACGGAAUCAACUCCAAUGGUUGUAGAUAUUGCGCCUUCUACUACAACCGCCAUAGAAAUUGCAGUCGCCACGGUAGGUGUCACUGCUACAGAAACCGUUGCCGUCGGCGCGAUACCCCCUGUGGACACUAGCGCAGAAGUUGCAGCUUCUGAAGCCGUUGGCAGUAACGAACCAGUCCCUGUAAACAUCAAUUCCACGACUUCCAUCACCUCCAAUUCUUCAAACCCAGACUACCCGCUCGUAGCCAUUCUCGGCGGCAAUGACACAACUCCAUACACAGGUUCAAAUUCAUCCAUAAUCGCAAUCCUUGGAGGAGAGGACACGGAUGACGAAGUCGAUGAUGUAGAACCCACAGGGACUGUCCCAAUCCUAGGGAAUAGUUCUAUCCCCAUCAUCAUUGGAAGGAAAAUGAAAAGACAGUUGGCGGCGGAAAACAUGGGAGAUAGCGACUCAAUUACUUUCCAAACCCAUGCUGGCGAAGGCUUUGUCCAGCCGCAAGUUGUCCCUGUUUUCCAGCAAGUAGUCGACACCACGACUACAGAUACCACGACAACUUCAUCAAGCACUACAACAGAGAGUACAUCGACAACCCUCACCAGUGGGACAACUACGACUACUACGACAAGUUGGACAUCUAUAACAGGAACAACCACUUCAACAUCUACCACCUGGGAACCCUCCACCACUGCCACUCCAGGGGUUUUAACAACAUGGGUUACAUCCUCACAAACAACAUGCAUCCCACCUGAAACCCAUACCACGGCACCACUUGCGACUGCAAUCCCCGCAACAUGUACAGACACGACCACCCUCUGCACUGUGACUCUUGCCUACGUGAUUUCCAUGAACCCGACGACGACAUCAUACUAUACAACUACCUAUGACAGUAAUACAGCCGCCACCACUGCAACCCAAACAAUCUACUCUGAUGACCCCAACGGGUUUCACGUUUAUAUAACUACACAAGAUAAUAGCAAUGGGGACGCCACUGCUACUUACUUCUUCACCACUCCACAACCAACAGUUAUUUCACAGCAAAUCAACCUUGCAGAACCUAAUAUCCCAAAUGAAGCGGUGUUGUAUACCAGCCUUGUGCUGUUCUGGAGUUUUAUGCUUAUUGUUGUAUUUUAG